AUGGGGCAGCCUCAUGAAGAGAACACUCGGGGUACGGGGGGAGUCGGACGGUAUGCAAAGGAGCUACGUGCGGUGCUGGCGCCAAUGCCCCAGACGGACACAUUGGUACCUGCAUGGUUUAAAGGCGCUGAAACAAUGUUGGCGAGUUGUGAGGUUUCACAGGACCUACACGGGGCAAUCAUCCUACCUUUUCUAAACGAGAAAGCGAGCGCCGUUGUGGCAAACAGAGCAGAGGGACGGGUAUUGCAGUACAAGGAGCUACGAGACAUUAUCCUCGACGAGCUCAGGAUGACUCCGGAUGAGUAUAAGCGAAGGUUUCGUGUCGCACACAUACAAGAGGAGGAGUCGUGGUCACAGUUCUCUACCGAUCUGACUACCAUGUUCGGCUACUACAUGGAGAGCCGCGAAGUAGAGACACUAGAUGAUCUAAGGCAGCUGAUCAUUUCAGAUCGGCUAAAGCAUGUCAUGCCGGAUGAUGUCCGGGCCUACGUACUUCAGAAUGAAACCAAAGAAUGGCUAAGGCCAAAGGAAGUAGCACAACUUGCUGAGAAAUUCGAAGAGAGUCAGCACGAUCGAAACUGGGAGCCCCAGAGGGCGGCCGAGGGGCCACAGGUGAACAUGCGGGGUGGGCCUGCGGAAGUUGGGGGCGACCAGCGAAGGGUUGAGAAACCUCGACCGCAAGGGUGCUUUUCGUUGCUACUGCCGAACUCUCCACGCCAGUAA